ACUGAACUUACUCCCAUCUAAACUGGAAAAAAAUAAAAUAAAAUUGAAGUUCAUAAAUAAGUGAACCCCUCUGGCUACCAGAGCAUAUGCAGCUAGUUAAUUUCCAGAUCCAACUUCCAAACCCUCUGUAAUCUAGUUUGUGUGACCAAAGCCAAUGGAGGUGAAGGUGAAGCAGUUGCAAUUGCACCUCAUGUUAAUGGCUGAACUAGCAUUAGCCCUGGUAGUAGCAGUUGCAGCUGGUGAAGCCACUUCUUCAGUAGCAGCAGCAACCAAAGUACAGUCCCUGCCUGGCUGCAACUCCACUUGUGGAGAUGUCACAAAUAUUCCUUAUCCUUUUGGCAUAGGCAACUCAUCAUCAAAACCAGAUCAACCUUGUUACUUGGAGCACAAAUUCAGACUCCAUUGCAAUGAUUCUAAACUAUAUUUUGGGAACGUACCAGUUCUAGCCAUCGCCAUCGAGGGUCAAAUGGAUGUAAUGCUUGACAUCUCAUCGAAAUGCUAUAGAAAAAAUGGAAGCAAUUAUUGGAGCAACCCUUGGCUCUACACAGCAAGUUUCAGCAUUUCAAGCACGGAAAACAAGUUCCUAACCGUGGGCUGCGACAGUUAUGGCUAUCUCAACAGUGUUUACGAGGAGCACACAUAUACAACUGGGUGCUUGACAAGAUGCUAUGGCAAUAGAAUAAUGUCAAUAACCAAAAACGGAACUUGUUCAGGCUUAGGGUGUUGCCAGGUCAACAUUCCUCCGAGAAUGAGGAAUAUCACUGUAGAAGCAUCUGGCUUUCCCAAUUCAACGGAAUCGUUGGGAACCUGCACCUAUUCAUUUGUUGUUAAGCAAGGCUCGUAUAAUUUUUCUACCACUGAUUUACAAGGUUUUCCUCACACAGAAUUCCCCUUGGUUCUUGAUUGGACUGUAGGAAACAAGGGCUGCAAUGCUUCAAAGAGUGGUACCGACUACGCGUGCAAGAACAAUAGUCUUUGCGUUGAUGAGGACAUAGAUUAUGGUUACCGUUGCACAUGUAUGUCAGGUUAUGAAGGAAACCCAUACCAUCCUGAUGGCUGCAUAGAUAUUGAUGAGUGUAAGAGGCCGGGUCAUACGUGCAUAGAUGAAAAUCACUGUCGGAACAUCAAUGGGUCUUACCAAUGCUUUUGUCCUAAGGGGCAAUCAGGAGAUGGAACUGAGAAAAGAGGGUGCCACAAACAGGAAGUACUUACCAAAGUUAUAAUUGGAGCAGGUGCAGGGCUUAUUAUUCUAUUAGUGGGGAUUGCCUCCAUGUACUUACUAUACCAGAAAAGGAAACUAAUGAAGCUAAAAGAGAAAUUCUUCCGUGAGAAUGGGGGUUUCAUUUUGCAACAAAAACUCCAUGCAAGAGAAGAUUCCUCCCAAACAGCUAAAAUUUUCACAGAAGAUGAACUCAAGAAGGCCACCAACAACUAUGACGAGAGCUUAAUCAUUGGUAGAGGAGGUUAUGGCAUAGUUUUCAAGGGAAUUCUACCAGAUAAACGGAUCGUUGCAAUCAAGAAAUCCAAAAUAGUAGAUAAGAGUCAAAUCGACCAAUUCAUUAAUGAGGUGGUUGUUCUGUCCCAAAUCAUUCACAGAAAUGUGGUCAAACUCUUGGGAUGUUGUUUGGAGACUGAAGUUCCUUUACUAGUUUACGAGUAUGUCAGCAAUGGUACCCUUCAUGAUUUUAUUCACAAUGGAGGCAAGGAAGAAAAUGUAACAUGGAAAACUCGUUUAAGGAUAGCAGCAGAGGCAGCUGGAGCUCUGUCAUAUCUACACUCGGAUGCCUUUGUACCCAUUAUCCACAGAGAUGUAAAGGGUGCCAACAUUCUCUUGGAUGACACUUACAGAGCCAAAGUGUCAGAUUUUGGAGCUUCAAAAUUGGUUCCACUUGACCAAGCUGAUAUAGCCACAAUGGUGCAGGGAACUCUUGGAUACUUAGACCCAGAGUAUAUGCAAUCACAACAAUUGACAGAGAAAAGUGACGUUUAUAGCUUUGGGGUAGUGCUUGUAGAGCUGCUAACAGGGGAGAAACCUAUUUCUUUUGACAGGCCAGAAGAGAAAAGAAGCCUAGCUAUGCAUUUUCUAUCUUGCUUGAAAGAGGACCGCAUGUUUGAUGUUGUUCAAGCUGGAAUCAUGAAUGAGGAAAAUAAGCAAGAGAUAAAGGAGGUUGCUGUUCUUGCAGCAAAGUGUUUGAGACUUAGAGGCGAGGAAAGACCAAGCAUGAAGGAAGUGGCUAUAGAGUUGGAGGGAUUAAGGCUAAUGGAGAAGCACCCCUGGACAAGUAGAGAACAAGAUUUGGAGGAGACUCGAUACUUGCUUCACGAGGAAGCUUCAAACAUUUAUUAUGAAUGCGGUGAUAACAGCAGCCUUCAGAAUACCGGGUAUGAUACCAGUAGGGAUCAUGUGCCGCUGGUUGCCUUGCAUGGUGGAAGAUGAUUAUGCCAUGGCAUUGCCUUU